CCUCGCCUCUCAGCGUCGUCCACCCCGCCGAGAGGAGGAGUCGCAUCCUCGCGCCGAUUGGUCAGGGGCACUGCCAAUCGGGCAGGAGGCGAGGGGCGUGGCCAGGCGAGAGCCGGCUUGGUAGCUGGGAAAAGCAAAAGCAGUCCGCCAAGUAGGAGCCUCGUUGCCGUCGACGUCGUCAACAGCAGAAGCAGUACCAACAGCGUUUCCUUCCCCGCUCCUACCGCGUAGCCCGGCAGUAGUCGCCUGUGCGGACCCUGUUUCUUCUAAAGCGCUGUCCGCCCCUCGGUGCAUCAUGGAGGAGGAGCGGUCAGGAGAGCAGAUGAGACCGCUACUCACAACGAUGACUGAAGGAGAUGGUGGUUCCAGCUUCUUGAAGAAGGGUCAGGAUGAAGAAGCUGUUGUGGAUAUGGGCAAAAUCAGCUCGACUAUCAACACAAACUUUGAGAAAGAAGAACUAGAAAGUCACAGAGCUGUUUAUAUUGGGGUGCACGUUCCCUUUGGAAAGCAGGGUCGACGACGUCAUAGGCACCGUGGACAUAAACAUCAUAGACGAAGAAAAGAAAAAGAAACUGAUAGAGAAGAUGGGCGAGAAUCACCAUCGUAUGACACACCAUCCCAGAGGGUACAGUUUAUUUUGGGUACUGAGGAUGAUGAUGAAGAACACAUUCCCCAUGAUCUGUUCACUGAAAUGGAUGAACUUUGCUUUAGAGAAGGAGAAGAAUAUGAAUGGAAAGAAACUGCCAGAUGGCUGAAAUUUGAAGAAGAUGUUGAAGAUGGUGGUGAGCGGUGGAGCAAACCUUAUGUGGCUACCCUGUCUCUUCACAGUCUCUUUGAACUGAGGAGCUGUAUCUUAAAUGGAACAGUCAUGCUGGAUAUGAGAGCCAAUACGCUAGAUGAAAUAGCAGAUAUGGUGUUGGAUAACAUGAUCGCUUCUGGUCACCUGGAUGAAUCUAUGAGAGAGAAUGUCCGUGAAGCUCUUCUGAAGAGGCACCAUCAUCAGAAUGAAAAAAAAUUCACUAAUCGGAUUCCCCUUGUCCGAUCCUUUGCAGAUAUAGGCAAGAAACAUUCUGACCCUCUCUUGCUUGAAAGAAAUGGGGAAGGCCUUUCAGCCUCCCGCCACUCUUUACGAGCUGGUCUCUCUGCCUCACAUAUUUCCCUGAGAGGAGAGAAUCGCUUAUCCCUUCUUCUCAAUUACCUUCUUCCUGGAUCUCCAGCAGCCUCAAGGAGCACAACUCCUUUACCCACCCCACAAAGCACUCCACCCUCCAGUCCUAGGUGCGGUCACAAGGCAACCACAAAUUUACAUCCAACUGAGCUUCAGGGUGCUGAACUCCUAGUGUCUCCUUCUAGUGAUGAUAUCCCUAAAGUAGUAAUUCAUCCACCUGAGGACGAUUUAGAAGCUCAGGAAAGCGAGGAGAAGACGGCAGAGGAUAAUAGUGACAUAACAUCAGGACUCCUAGCAUCGCCACAAUCAGCACCUGGUAAUUUGGACACUGGAAAAAGUGGAGAACUUAAAAACAGUGGAACAGGAGGAAGUAGAGAAAACAGCACUGUUGAUUUCAGCAAGGUAGAUAUGAAUUUUAUGAGGAAGAUUCCCAUAGGUGCAGAGGCAUCUAAUGUGUUGGUGGGAGAAGUGGAUGUUUUGGAGAGACCAAUUAUUGCUUUUGUCAGGCUGUCCCCCGCUGUACUUCUCUCAGGUCUUACAGAGGUUCCUGUUCCUACCCGAUUCCUUUUUAUUUUGCUGGGUCCUGCAGGUAAAGCACCCCAAUACCAUGAAAUUGGUCGCUCAAUAGCAACACUUAUGACUGAUGACGUUUUCCAUGAUGUUGCUUAUAAAGCUAAAGACCGAAAUGAUCUACUGUCUGGAAUCGAUGAAUUUUUAGAUCAAGUAACAGUUCUGCCUCCAGGAGAGUGGGAUCCAUCUAUUCGAAUUGAACCACCCAAAAGUGUUCCUUCUCAGGAAAAAAGGAAGAUACCUAAAUUUCCAAAUGGAGCUGCUUCUUCUGGAGAGCCUCUCAAAGAAGAAGGUCAUCAUGCUGGACCUGAACUACAGCGGACUGGAAGGCUUUUUGGUGGUUUGAUACUUGACAUCAAAAGGAAAACACCUUUUUUCUUGAGUGACUUCAAGGAUGCAUUAAGUCUGCAGUGCCUGGCCUCGAUUCUUUUCCUAUACUGUGCCUGUAUGUCUCCUGUAAUCACUUUUGGAGGGCUCCUUGGAGAAGCUACAGAAGGCAGAAUAAGUGCGAUAGAGUCUUUAUUUGGAGCAUCAUUAACUGGGAUUGCUUAUUCACUGUUUUCUGGACAACCUCUGACAAUAUUGGGGAGCACUGGACCUGUCCUAGUGUUUGAGAAAAUAUUAUUUAAAUUCUGCAAGGACUAUGAACUUUCUUAUCUCUCUCUGCGAACCAGCAUUGGGCUAUGGACAGCAUUUUUGUGCAUAUUGUUAGUAGCAACUGAUGCAAGCAGCCUUGUGUGUUAUAUCACUCGAUUUACUGAGGAGGCCUUUGCUGCUCUCAUUUGCAUAAUAUUCAUAUAUGAAGCACUGGAAAAACUUUUUCAGUUGGGAGAAAUGUAUGCUUUCAACAUGCACAAUGACCUGGAUAAACUGACAUUGUAUUCAUGUGUGUGUGCAGAGCCUCCAAAUCCCACCAAUGAGACACUAAAGGAAUGGAUGGCAGCCAACAAAUCUGUGGGUACUAUACCAUGGGCUAACCUCACAGUUAAGCAAUGUAAAGAUCUUCAUGGCGUGUUUGUUGGAUCUGCCUGUGGCCAUCAUGGUCCAUAUUUCCCAGAUGUUCUGUUUUGGUCUGUCAUAUUGUUCUUUACAACAUUUUUCCUCUCCUCUUUCCUCAAGCAAUUCAAGACCAAACGCUAUUUUCCCACUAAGGUGCGGUCUACAGUAAGUGACUUUGCUGUAUUUUUGACAAUAGUGAUCAUGGUUCUCAUUGAUUAUCUUGUUGGAGUUCCUUCUCCUAAACUUCAUGUGCCCAAAAAAUUUGAACCCACACGAAGUGACAGGGGAUGGCUCAUAGAUCCUCUAGGACCUAAUCCUUGGUGGACACUUGUGAUAGCUGCAGUUCCUGCUUUACUUUGUACCAUUCUCAUUUUUAUGGACCAGCAAAUUACAGCAGUUAUCAUAAACAGGAAAGAACAUAAGCUCAAGAAAGGUUGUGGAUAUCAUCUUGAUCUGCUCAUGGUUGGCGUUAUGUUAGGUAUAUGCUCUAUCAUGGGCUUGCCGUGGUUUGUGGCUGCAACUGUUCUUUCUAUAAGUCAUGUCAAUAGUUUAAAAGUAGAAUCUGAGUGUUCUGCUCCAGGAGAGCAGCCAAAGUUCCUGGGAAUCCGUGAACAGAGAGUGACAGGAUUAAUGAUCUUUGUGUUGAUGGGACUGUCCGUAUUUAUGACGUCUGUGUUAAAGUUUAUUCCAAUGCCAGUUUUGUAUGGUGUUUUUCUUUACAUGGGAGCAUCCUCAUUGAAAGGCAUCCAGUUUUUUGAUCGCAUCAAAUUGUUUGGAAUGCCAGCCAAACAUCAGCCAGAUUUGAUCUAUCUGCGUUAUGUGCCGCUCUGGAAGGUCCAUGUAUUUACAGUAGUUCAACUCACCUGUCUUGUUCUUCUGUGGGCAAUUAAAGCAUCUGAUGCUGCUGUUGUUUUUCCUAUGAUGGUUUUAGCUCUAGUUUUCAUUCGCAAACUUUUGGAUUUGUGUUUCACUAAACGGGAGCUCAGUUGGCUUGAUGACCUUAUGCCAGAAAGUAAGAAGAAGAAGGAAGAUGACAAAAAGAAAAAAGCAAAGGAAGAAGCUGAACGAAUGUUUCAGACAGUGGACAAUGAAACUGUACACCUUCCAUAUGAACAAGGCGAUGUGUUAGAGAUUCCUGUGAAAGCUCUAAAAUACAGCAUUGAUCCUUCUGUUGUAAACAUAUCAGAUGAAAUGGCCAAAACUGCACAGUGGAAGGCUCUUUCCAUGAACACAGAGAAUGCCAAAGUAACAAGAUCUAACUUGAGCUCUGAAAAAGAAGAGUGCAUGAAAAUAGACAUGGAAAAUACAUCCGAAAUAAAGUAUGUAGAUGCUGAAACCUCAUUAUAGAAGUGAACAAGGGUAUAUAUUAUUUUAUAGGAUAUACUGUAAAAGGGUGACUUCAAAUCUUCUUUCAAGUACUGAAAUUUGAGAUCUGGAGACUGUAUGCACAGCAACAAGACUUUCAGACAAGAUAGAAGUGGUGAUCACUCUGGAAUAUUUAUUUUUAGUGGAAUGUUUUUCAUUUUUUUAAAUAGGAAUUUUUUUUAGUUAUCAGUACAUGCAUUGCAUGUCAAAUCAUCUUGAAUUGUAAAGUAUUGGUGAACAUUGUGUAUUGGUAUGCAUUGUGUAUAAUUUUGUAGCAUGUAGCUGUUUUUAUAAUUUUUUGCAGUACACAUAUCAUGUUUUCAGGCAAUUACUGUUUGGGUGUUUGCAAAAUGUUCUAAAUGUCAGUCUCCCUAGAAAAAUAUUUCAUUUCAUGAAUGACUGCGUUUUCAACCCUUUCUCACCUCAUGUUGCUGUUUUAUGGGGAAUUUAAUUCAUAUUUGUGGGGAUAAUUUAUUUUGAAUCAUAAAUUAUUAUGUUAAACACUAUUGCAUUGUCUUUCAAAAAAAAUCCAGUUUCAUGCUCCACAGCAGACAAUUUCUGUUUAAUUCUUAAUUCAGUGUUUCAUAAGUCAUGGAUACUACAAUAGCUCUUAUCCAGUGAUAAAUUACAAGAUUCCUCCUUCAUACUACAUGUUUUGCCUGGACAGAUUUUGUUGUCUUUGUUAGAAUGAGGCAUUAAAAUCAUACAAGGCCUGUGGAUUUGGAUACACAUAUAGGCUCCAUAUUCAGGUGCCUGUUUUAUUUGUUGGAUUUGGAUGUAAGAUCAUGAGCUGAGUUUGCAGUUAAUUUUCCUUGCUUUUUAAGGGGGACAUAAUCUAAUAUAAAAUGCUGUCCAGUCAGCAAGUAAUUUAGGAUCUUUAAAGCAUUUUUAUCUUGAUUGCUAAAGCAUAACCCAAAAACAAUAGAAUCCAGUAUCUGACCUAGUUUUAAAUGCUAUUACGUGAAUGGCUUGGAUCCAAAGGUUUUUUAUGUGAAGUGGGGGGAAACUUCCAUGUGCAAAAGGCAGCCUUGCUGAAUUUCUUUCAUUCCCCUGUCCUUCUGCAGCCUCCAUAUCCUGUUAUAGAGGGUCCCAUUGACCCUCAGGAGAUCCUUUGAGGAAUCAUAGAGGGCUAUAGCAAGGGGAAAGAGCCAGGAGAACCUGUUGUGUGAGCAGAGUUCUGUCUGAUCUUCUCAGGAUCCACUCAGUACCUUCAGGACUGGAGGUUCCUCAUGUUCCUUUGAAGGCAGAAUAGGUUAGGCCAUUAUUUUAGGUAAACAUGCAUGGAACUAAAUUGCAUUGAAAUCAAUGGCACUUAACUUUUAAGGCAAUGAAUCUUGAUCUAAAGCGUCACAGUUCUACUAUGUAUUCAGAGCUUCUGUAAUGGAAAGGACUUACCUGCUGUUGGGGAUAUGAAUAUGAAAUUAUCCACAAUAUCAAAUGCAGUGGGGAAGCUCUUGCUUAUGCAGGAACUUCAUAUUCCUACCAGAAAAUCCCACACAUAGAAAGAAACCCCCUGGACUGGAGUUGCUGUGUUUAGCAUUGAGGUGUUAAGAUUGCAUAAUGCAUUAAUUAGCCUUUAUGCACUUGAAGGACUGUGAAAACUUUAUGUAAUAAGUUAUUAAAAUUAUUUUGUUCAUUUUCUUGCAUUUUGUGAAGAAAAAUAAUACAUGUCUGCUGUGAAAGCUCCUAUUGAAAAUACAAAAUACGACUACUUACACCAGCUAUAUUUCCACAAUAUAAAUAUUUUCAUCAGAGUGUUCAUUCCUCUGAAUAUUCUAAAGUCCAAACUCUUUAUAAAGCUGUUUUCUUUUGCCUUCCUGUAUCCCUUACAUAUUUCUUAAUUUUGUCACAGCAGUUAACUGCUAAUUAAUAUCUUGAUCAUAAUCAGAAUGGCAGCCAAUGUAUAUAUUAUCCUUUUAAUCUUGGGUAUUAAUUGUAUGUCAGUUUAACUCCAAACUACUGUGAUCAUUUUGGCAGAUUUUCAAAUAUGCAUGAAGCUUAAACAUGUUCUCAUUUAUGUAGAACUCUUAAGUUACUAUGUCCAUAAUAAUUUGUAAAGCUAUACGAUAAUGUACACUUUAAAGUUAAAGGGCAAAUUAAAAAUGUGAGGUCCUCAGUUUCAAAAGCACAUUGCUUUAUUAUCUUUUCUUACUAAUGUCAAUUGUAUAAAUUGCUGAAUACACCAGAACCAGGAUAGAGGGGACCUGUGACCCUCUGUGCGUUGUGGGACUCCACCUCUUGUCAGCCGCAGAAAACAUGACCAAUAGUCAGGGAUGUUGUAGUUCAAAUCAUCUGGAGGAUCACAGGUAGUAGCAGAGAUUGCUAGUGGACCUCCUGUCACCACUGCCACCUCCCAACAGUUUCUUGCUUUCCUUUCCCUCCUUGAUUGCCUGGAAGCAUGUAAUUCUUGUUAGGAAACUGUUCACCAGUUUUUGCUGAAGAAGAAUUAGUAUGAAAAUCCAAGGCCCACAAUUUAAAGAACCUUGUUGCUAAGUCUAGCUGCUGUUACUUAAAAUUGUAACACAAACCACAUAAAUGAGUGUUACGUUUAUUCAUUAUACUUGUACUUCUCUUUGUGCUUUUUGUCAAAAGAAGAAUUUGUGCAUGUCUCCUAUAGAACAUUUUAACUGGGAGUAUGAAAAGAAGGGUGUGUCAGACGCUGAAGUAACUUGCUGCACCUGGUGAAACAUUUUAUUUUUUCAAACAGCAAGUCCCUAUACCAUGUGAGUUUGCAGUGCAGCACCAAAGAGGAGUGAGUCCCAUAGCGUAAAAGCAAAACUAUGGGUAUACCCAAUGUAACUAUGGUUAGUGGCCUGAAACAACUCGGAGAAAGCAAUGGGAAUAAAAACCUAUGGAAGUGGCAGUAAAGAUUUUAUAGAACAGCAACAAAUUAUUUCUAUGGUUAAAAAUGCUGCUAAAUGUAUUCAGUUCAAAGAAAAAGUUUGCCCUACUAGAUCAACAUGUAAGGUAUGGGUAAUGUCAAACAGAAGACCUGAUGCCUCAGAACCAUCAAGUUAGCAUUUGCAUAGCUUGUGCCUUAGCCUUCAAUAAAUAUGCACCGUUUCUUUAAUUAAGAAUCAUGACCAUCUGUCACUUACCCCAUCACUUCCACAUAUAUAUGUUCAAUGUCUUUAACAAUUAUGUUUGGAAAUAAUUCCUUCUAGUUGGUACAAUAAAAAAAGAAUCACACCUGUAGCUUUCAGAGUUAUUUACGUGUCUUCCACUAUUGCAAAUUUCUGUAUUCAGAGGUGUGGGUAGUAAUUUGCAAAUAUCCAAACAGAUUGUCUUGAAUUUUAUCCCUUUGUUUUCCAAGCCUAUAAUUCCAUAAAGCUGAUCAGUUCAUAUCAACUUUUCAGUGCCAAAGGGUUAAUAAUUUAGUAAAUUAAGUGAAGAUCUGAAAACUACUUAGAAUUACAAUAUUUAUUUUAUUUUAAUUAUGUAAAAUUAUCCAGUGCCAGAGAGAGAUGAUUUGCAAUGUAGUUUACAUUGAUUGUUCUAAUGUUGGCUGUUAAUUUUACUCAUUUUAACCUUUUGAUAGCAGAUUAAGUCCUGAUGACAUGCUGAAAAUUCCAGUGGUAGCUUCUAUUUAAGUAAUCUGCUUAUUAUACUUUGCAUAAGCAUUAUUUCCUUCUCCAUAAAUAAAAAAAGAUAGUAUUAAAAUAAAACAGUGAAGGACAGAGUUUUUACUGUACGUAGAUAUAAAUGUUGCCUUAAAAGGUGUAUAUGAAUAAAUGUUACUGUGCACUGAUUCACCUGGGGUGGAGCCUAAUUUAAAGCCAGUAUAUUUCCAUUAAACUACUCAAAUAAAUAGCUGAGCACUUUUUUGAUGCCUUGGUUGCCUCCUGGGGAGCAAACUAGUAUACUGUAUAAGAGGCUGCAGAGCCACCCCAGGAAAUUUGCUUAUUCUGAUCUCUUUAAAAAAAAUUAUUUAAAUUGUUUUUCAGAAAAAAUGUCUGAAUUUUAACAUAGGCAUCUUCUGUAUUUUAUUUAGAAUAGAAAGUUUUUUACAUUUAUGUAGGAAGUUGAGAAACUCUGUUCUAGAUUUGCACAAACAACUCAUUAUCCUUAGUUUGCAUUGGUCCAUACUGUAAACUGUGUUUAAAGCAGGCUAUUCCAGAUUAUUAAGAUAAUCAACAAAAAUGAGCAAGAUAGUGUGCAAGGCAUGUCAAUCAUUUAGCAUACAACCCAUUUCUUCUUUUUUCUCUUUUUCUUCAAAUGCAUUUAUCUCUGUGUACAGUAGUCUUAUAAAAUGUGCUCAUUGUAAAGGUAAGUUCCAAGUGUAAAAAUGUCAUGGAUAGAUGUAAUGCAUUACAAAAAUGCACUGGUAUGCAUUGUUUAAAAGGGUAAUGUAUUAUAAAUGUUUUGUAAAUGAAUUGUGUUUGAAGUCACCUGUUCAGAGUUUGUAGAUCAUUAGCACAACAUACUGAAUGUAUUUUGUUUUUAUUACAUUUGGUCAGUAAUUUAACAUUUUUAGAAUGAUUGAUUAUAGGUGCCAUUCAUUACCUAUUCAGUACAACUAUUGUGAAAAACCGUUUGUUUUAAUGAAUGUACAGGCGCAUUAUUGUGUGACAAUUUAUACUUGUAUUCUGAAUACAAAAUGUUGUCUUGUGAUUUUACUAUUUGCAGUUUUUUAUUUUAUAACUUUUUAGUAAUUUUGUCAGUUAUAGGAAAAUGGUUACAAUUGGUGUGAAAAUAAAGUUUUUCAUAUUUAGUACAUAUUGUCACUAUUUGGCAGUCUUGGAGUAACUUAUUUAAUAGUCAGGUUUUUAUAAUGAAAUGUAUUAGUCAGAAGGUUAAUCCUUUGUAAUAUUUCCCAUUUGUUAUUGAUGCUUUUUUGCAAGUGUGUCUUCCAUUGUUCAAAACUGAACAAAAAUAUUUACUUUGAGGUGUAAUUCCACACUUUAUUCCAAUUUUUAUGACAGUUUUCUAAUUACAUAUAACAUUU